CUGCAGGAUUAGGUCUCUGCUUUUUGCAGAUGAUGUGGUCCUGAUGGCUUCAACUGGCCACAAUCUUCAGCUCUCAUUGGACCGGUUCGUAGCUGAUUGUGAAUCGACUGGGACAAGAAUAAGCACCUCCAAGUCCGAGUUGAUGGUUCUCGCCCAGGAAAGUGCCGCAUCUCCAGGUUGGGGAGGAGAUUUUGCCCCAAGUGGAGGAGUUUAAGUACCUCGGAGUCUUGUUCACGAGUGAGGGAAGAGUAGAUCGUGAGAUCAACAGGCGGAUCGGAGCGGCGUCUUCAGUAAUGCGGACGCUGUAUCGAUCUGUUGUGGUGAAGAAGGAGCUGAGCCGGAAGGCAAAGCUCUCAAAUUACCGAUCGAUCUACUUUCCCAUCCUCACCUAUGGUCACGAGCUUUGGAUUAUGACCGAAAAAACAAGAUCACAGGUACAAGCGGCUGAAAUUAGUUUCUUCCGCCGGGUGGCGGGGCUCUCCCUUAGAGAUAGGGUGAGAAGCUCUGUCACCCGGGAGGAACUCAGAAAAAAGCCGCUGCUCCUACACAUUGAGAGCAGCCAGAUGAGGUGGUUUGGGCAUCUGCUCAGGAUGCCACCCGAACGCCUCCCUAGGGAGGUGUGUUAGGGCACGUUUGACCGGCAGGAGGCCAGGGGGAAGACCCAGGACACGUUGGGAAGACUAUGUCUCCCGGCUGGCCUGGGAACACCUCGGGAGAGGGAAGUCUGGGCUUCUCUGCUUGGGCUCCCGCAACCCAACCUCGGAUAAGCGGAUGAAGAUGGAUGGAUGGAUGGAUGGAUGGAUGGAUGGAUGGAUGGAUAGUACCACGAUACUAUACUAGUACCGGUAUACCGCACAAUCCUAAUUUCUGUAUCGUAUUUCUCCAGCCAAGUUGACAAAAAGGAUGAUAUUUUGAAGGGUACUUAUUGAAGUCGGACUAAGCACAACAUCACUGAGGGCCCAGUACUGCGAGAGCUGGCCACCAUCAUGGGAGAGUGGUCCAUGCUAUCCGAGAUGUUGGACAAGGUCCAGUUGCACUCAACUGUCCUAGGCAAGGUCUGGAUGAGCGUGCUUUUCAUCUUCAGAAUCUUCAUCCUGGCAGCUGGCGUGGAUCAAAUAUGGGGAGAUGAACAAGCAAACAUGGACUGCAACACUAAUAGCCCGGGCUGCAAGAAUGCUUGUUACGAUGCGUCCUUCCCCAUCUCCCACACACGCUUCUGGGUCCUUCAGAUUCUCAUCGUCUCGACGCCUACUUUGAUCUACUUGGGCCACGUCCUGCUGGUUAUUCGCCAAGAGAACAAGCUCAGGAGACGCUUGGAGCUGAAGUGUGACCGAAAUGGGUUGAUCAAAUCCCCCAAAUACUCCGACGAACAUGGGAAGGUGCGUCUCGAAGGCUCCCUGUUGGUCAGCUACCUGAUGCAACUCCUGGUCAAGGUCCUGCUUGAGGUCGCCUUCAUCGUGGGUCAGUACUUCAUCUACGACUUCAUACUCAUGCCGGUUAAUAUAACCUUUCAAGGCGGCAGCUGCCAAACACCCACAAACUGUUUCAUCAGUCGUCCGACAGAAAAAAGUGUAUUUAUCGUUUUUAUGUUGGCGAUGGGCGUGCUCUCUGUGAUCCUGAACAUUGUUGAAAUGUUCUACCUGAUGAUAUCUAAAAUAGGAGAGAGGAAAAGAAGAUCUGCUUUACUUCUGAACCAGUAGAUAAUAAAUAUAAUACUAAUAAUAAAACAAAUGAUUCAAAGACUGUUUAUCUGAUAAGGGAGGGGUGUCCAAAGUGCGGCCAGGGGGCCAUUUGCGGCCCGCGGCUAUUUUUUUAAUGGCCCGUGGCACAUUUUAAAAGUACUAUAAAUCAUUUUUAAAUACAAUUUUUUUAUAUUAUUUUUAAAAUAAAUAAAUAAAUACAAUAAACCUGUUUGUUCUUUUUGCCUACUUUAUGAUGUUUUUACGCUGACCAGGGGGCCAUUUACGGCUGGCGGUUAUUUUUUUAAUGACCCGUGGCACAUUUUAAAAGUACUAUAAAUAAAUUUUAAAUACCAUUUUUUAUAUAUUUUUUUUAAUAAAUAAGUACAAUAAACCUGUUUGCUCCUUUAGCCCACGUUUUUAUGUUUUUAUUGCGGCUAGGGGGACAUUUGCGGCCCGUGGCUUUUUUUUUAAUGGCCUUUGGCACAUUUAAAAAAUGUUAUAAACAAUUUUAAAAUACCAUUUUUUACAGUAUUUUUUAAAUAAACAAAUACAAUAAACCUGUUUGCUCUUUUAGCCCACUUUUUUUAUGUUUAUAUCGCGGCCAGGGGGCCAUUUGAGGCCCGCAGCUAAUUUUUUAGUGGCCCGUGGCACAUUUUAAAAUACCGUAUUUUCCGCACUAUAAGGCGCACCUAAAAACGUAAAAUGUUCUCAAAAGCCGACAGUGCGCCUUAUAAUCCGGUGUGCCUUAUAUAUGGACCAAUAUUGAGCCACAACAGGUCUCACAACUACGGUAAGCAGCCGCCGAUUUCAUUUUCACCUGUAGGAAAAGAAACGCUGGCAUAUUUCACUGCGCCAGGCCGUGCCGUUUCAUUUCCAUUUCUGUUUACGUAAAGACCCCAAAAUGGCUCCUAUUGAGAGACAUGAUUUCAGGAAAGCCGGAAUUGUCACUGAACUGCUAGACAACAGCAGCGACACUGACUCCAUUAACGAUGUCUCAAAAUAGUGCAAAGCAAUAACAAUAUAUCAAUAAUUCAACGUUCCUCAAACGUUAAUGUCAUACAACACAACACACAAAAUAAACAUGUAAAGCUAACUUUAUUAAGUUAUUCUUCAUCCACGAAUCCCUCGAAUUCUUCUUCUUCAGUGUCCGAAUUAAACAUGCCACAGGAGGUCUCACAACUACGGUAAUCAGCCGCCUACCUUAUUUUCCCCCGUAGAAGAAGAAGCGCACGGUGCAUGCUUGGAUAUAUGACUGCGGGAGGCGUGCAGAGUUUAAACUCAAGCCGAUCAGUCACACAGUAGAAGACGGGAAAUAGAACAGCAGCGAGAUAAUUUAACAUUAACAGCAGCGACACUGACUCGUUUAAUGACGACUUCGACAUUGUUGGAUGCCCUAUUUGCCCAACUGUUUGAUUCGAACACUGAAGAAGAAGAAUUUGAGGGAUUCGUGGAUGAGGAAUAACUUAAUAAAGUGAGAUUUACAUGUUUAUUUUGUGUGUUGUGUUGUGUGACAUUAUCGUUUGAGCAACGUUAAGUUAUUGAUAUAUUAUUUCUUUGCACUGUUUCGAGUGUUACUAUAUUGUGAUUGCACUAACGUUUGAUUUACCGUAACAGUAUCAGACUGUUUUUUACGUGUUUAUUGAAUUGGGGGAAAUAAUAAAACAGCUGUUUAUUCAUUUUGGGAGUGAACGGAGUUGUCAGAACGCUGGUUUGUAAUCUAUUAAUAAAGUUUGACUGACCUGACUGUUUUGUUGACAUUCCCUUUAGCGCAGCUCCAUCUAAAGGAUGCAUAACGUAACCCCAGCCUCUACUGUAGCAUCUAUUCCAUGUGCCUUAUAAUGCUGUGCGCCUUAUAUAUGAACAAAAUAUUAAAAUAGGCCCUUCAUUGAAGGUGUGGCUUAAAUUCCGGCGCGCCUUAUAGUGCGGAAAAUACGGUACUAUAAAUAAUUUUCAAAUAUCAUUUUUUUUAUAUUAUUUUUAAAAUAAAUAAAUAAAAUAAACCUGUUUGUUCUUUUAGCCCACUUUUUUAUGUUUUUAUCGUGGCCAGGGGCCCGUUUGCAGCUCACAGUUAAUUUUUUUAGCGGCCCGUGGAACAUUUUAAAAGUACAUUAAACAAUUUUAAAAUACCAUUUUUUAUAAAAUUUUUAAAAUAAAUAAAUAAAAUAAACCUGUUUGCUCUUUUAUACGACUUUUUUAUGUUUUUAUCUUGGCCUGGGGGCCAUUUGCAGCCCGCAGCUAAUUUUUUAGCGGCCCGUGGCACAUUUUGAAAAUAUUAUAAGUAACUUUUAAAAUACCAUUUUUCUUAAUAUUUUUAAAAUAAAUAAAUACAAUACCCUGUUUAUUCUUUUAUCCCACUUUUUUAGGUUUUUAUCGCGGCCAGGGGGCCAUUUGCGGCCCAAAGCUAAUUUUUAACGGCCCAGAGGCAAAUUUUUAAAAUACAAUUUUUUCAUAGUAUUUUUUAAAUGUGCCACGGGCCGUUCAAAAGUAAACUGUGGCCUGCACAUGGCCCUUUGGCCACAAUUAAAACAUAAAAAAGUGGGAUAAAAGAGCAAUCAAGGGAAAUGUAAUUUGAAAAAAAAAUAACUGGCUGUUUUUUUCUUUAAACUUGUCAUGAAUAAUGAAGCAAAACAAAUGUUAGAAAUUACGUCUUAUCAAAAAUUCUAUUUUGAAAUGUUUUUGGGGGGAAAUAUUGCAUGUUUGUGGUUUGGGAAGUUUUCUUUGACAAAAACGGCAUUAAACAGAGAGAUAAGAGAUAAUAAAAACCUUUAAUAGAUGUAUGGAUCUAAGGACUUAAGUGUUGAAAGUCAAAAAGUAUGACUAUGCAACACUUUUAUGGUUCGGGCCCUUCCCUUAUAAAUCACCAAUAAUUUUAGUUGUUUUUUUUUAAACUGUCAUUGCUCAAAAAAGUGUAAUGAAUUGUUGUUAUGGAUUUUUUUUUACCAAUUUAAGGCUCCAAUUACCUCACAUCAAAUAUAACACCAUAACAUUUGGGGUGAGAAAUAUAGCAUAUUUUGUGUUUUUGUCAUAAAAACCAGGGUUUUCUUUGACAAACUUAAAAAAAAAAACCAGAUGGACCUGAAGUUGGUCCAGACAUUUAAAAUUGAAUAAUGAAAAAAAUAUAUAAUAACAUAUGACUUUUUUUUAACAUGUUAGUUAUUGAGACCCGUUCCAGGUUACCGGGACCCAAGUUGAGGGGAGCACGAAAGGUUAAAAAUAUCUAUAUAUUGUUUGGUUUUAAAAAUGCAAAAUAUCACUAUGGCCCCCACAUGUUGUACGGCCCUCAGUAGAAAAAGUUUGGACACCCCUAAGAUAAGGUUACCACAUUUGCUCAUUUUUUAAAAGUUGGUGUUGAAAAUGCGAAAAGACAAAGACAAUACUUCAGUUCAGCUUGUAACAAAACGAGAUUUUAUUAGUGAUCAGAUUGGUACAAAUAAAAUAUUAACUCUGGGCAUGUGUUUUUCUUAGUCUUUUACUUUUUGUUGUUUUUUUUUUUCAACAUAUAUGUCACAUAUCACCUUCUUGACAUCACCGUCUUGUUCUCUUCUGUGCAAUGAUGCUACACUUUGGUCGUUUACGGAGCCAAAACACUGCUAGUGUUGGUACCAAAAAAAACAUUGACAUUGUAGAAAAAGUUGCACUGAAACAAGUUUUGCCAACAAAUAAAUACAAAUGUUGAAAAAACA